GAAAUAUUUGUAUAAUAUAUUAAUAUACCUUGUGUUGACAACUAAGGAUUCUUAAUCCAUUCUCUUAGAAUAACACAGAAACUUUCCAACUAGCAAACCAAAAAUGUGUGUAAAUAGUUUCAAUUCACUCUGAAAUAUAUUUUCAAUAGGUAGAGCCGAACUAUAUUCAACAAUCAUUGUUUUAAUACCUAAACCUAAUAGAUAUCUACUUAUAUUACCUACUUUACAUGUUAUACAGAAAACAUUUCAAUAUUAACAGUGAUAUAAUUAUUUUGUACCUACGUAUAUAAUUCAAAUUUUAGUUAGUUGAAUAAAUGUAUUAGUUUUCUUUUAUGUAGGUAUAUAAAUAAAAUAAGUGCUUGUUGCAGAAAAAUUAAUAAAAGUUAUUAGGUAGAUGACGGUUAGAUAAAAAUAAAAUAAAAAUAAAUAAUACCUAGAUAUUUAUUAUCUCUAUUAUAGAUUUUAAUACUACCUAUGCUUAUAAGCUGUAAUAAUGAUUUGUUUUAUUUGUAAACACAGUGGCUUUACUUUUACAGCACUAUUGGCUCAUUAUAAAAUAAUUCAUUUAUUGAAGCCUUUAAGUUCAUACGAAUGUAGAGAAAAUGAAUGUACUCAAUCAUUUCCUAAUUUAAAUAGUUACAAAAAACACAUUACUAGAAAACACAUAAUUAGACCUUAUAAUUCACCAACUCCAGUAACAUUAAUAAAUAAUUUAAGUAAUAAUAAUGUGGACAAUGCAUGUAUAAAUACAAAUCAAAACGAUACAAUAGAAAUUAAUGAUACCAUCACCAUCAUUCCUGACAACAAUUGUCCAAAACCUAAUGAAAAUUAUGAUAUUCUUGAUUUAAAUAAUGCAAUUAACUCAUAUCAUAUGUCAGCAGUUAAAUUUACUUUGUCAUUGCUUGAUAACAACAAUUUUAGUAGAAAUUAUGUUUUUGAAAUCCAAAGAAAAAUUGAAAAAUAUAUAAUUAAACCUGUUGAAAAUUUAAUUUCUAGUUGCUCUCAGAAAACAGUAAAAGAACCAAUUUCAUUAUCAUAUUUUCAAACAAUUACAACAGCAUUUACUAAUACAUUUAAUUUUUGCAAUUCUGAAUUUUCUUUAAACAAUUGGUUGGUUAGAAAUAAUUUAUUUCAGAAUGUUCAAGAAUUUAAUAUAAAUGAUGAAAUCAACUUAGUAUCUGACUGUGGUGAAAUAAUUUAUGGUGACAAAACUUCAAAAGGUGUAUUAUUACCAUUACAUUUCCAAUUCAAAAAAACUUUUGAACAUAAUGACAAUUUAGCUAAUAGUUUAUCACUUUAUGAACAAUUGAUUAACAACUCUAAUGACCAAACACAAAUUAAACAUUUCAUACAAGGAGAGUUAUGGAAAAAAAAAAUUUUGCCUUAUCAAAAUAAAAUUGUUAUUCCCUAUUUCAUGUAUAUAGAUGAUUUUGAAAUUAACAACCCAUUAGGUUCCCAUGCUUCUGUUCAUUCCAUUUCGGCAAUUUACUAUAGUUUUCCCCUCACUGAUCAAUCGAAACUUGUAAAUAUAAAUUUGGCAGCUUUAAUAAAAGCUGUAGACAUGAAAAAUUUUGGAAAUGAUUCAUGUUUGAAUAAGUUAAUAUGCCAAAUAAAUGAUUUAGAAGUAAAUGGUAUCAUUUUUGACACUCCAUGUGGUACAAAAGAGGUUCAUUUUAUAUUAGGAUUAUUUCUAGGUGACAAUUUGGGAUUAAACAGUAUUUGUGAAUUUAGUAGGUCAUUUUCAGCAAAUUACUUUUGUAGGUUUUGCAAAGCUGAUAAAACUUUAACACAUCAUCUAUCCAAAGAAAACAGUUUAUUACUUCGCAAUCCUCUUAAUUAUGCAGAUGAUGUUAGGGUUAAUGAUUUAAAGCAAACUGGUGUUUAUAAAGAAUCAAUAUUAAAUAAAAUAAUAUCCUUUCAUGUUACAAGUAACUAUAGUGUUGACAUUAUGCACGAUAUUUUCGAAGGAAUUUGCCAUUAUAAUAUGUGCCAUAUAAUAAACUAUUAUACUGAAACUGUCAAAAUAUUUUCACUAGAAUUAUUAAAUUAUAGGAAACAAAAUUUUAAUUAUGGGCCUAUAGAAGUUGGCAAUAUUUCACCUAUUAUCAAACUGGCUCACAUAAAAAAGUUCCACUUGAAAAUGUCUGCCAGAGAGAUGAUGACUUUUGUUUUUUAUUUCUCAUUAAUGGUAGGUGAUUUGAUUCCGGAAGAUGAUACUAUAUGGUUAUUUUUCUUAAAUUUCAUUGAGAUUAUUGAAAUUUUACUUUCAAGUCAGCUUUCUAAUGGGUCAAUAUUUAAUUUACAGAGACUGAUAGAAAAACAUAAUUCUGAAUAUGUUUCUUUGUUUAAAGAUACCUUAAAACCUAAGCACCAUUUAUUAGUGCAUUAUCCGACUAUUAUAGAGAACUCUGGACCUCCUAAACAUUUUUGGUGUUUUAGAUUUGAAGCCAAACACAAAGAAAUGAAGUCAUAUGCUCAUUCAAUAACAUCCAGAAAAAAUAUUCCCCUGUCUUUAGCUAAAAAAUUCCAAUACAAAUAUGCAAAUCAAAUUCUAAAUUCUACUUCCAGUAAUAUAAAUACUAAUGAAAUCCAUAUUAACAGUAGUAAUUACAGUGAACUUAUUGCAAGAGUUUUAAAUUUAACUAGUGAUCAAUUUUUAUGUUACUCACAAAUUGAGUUUAAAGGUACUACCUAUAAAAUAGGGUACUUUUUAACAAGAUUUAUCGACGAAAUAUGUUUAUAUGAAAUUUUAGAAAUUAUUAUAGAUAAAUCUAAUUUCAAAGUACAUUUUAUUGUGCAACAAAUUGAAAUAGAUUUUUUUAAUUCUCAUUUAAAAGCAUACCAAAUAAACAAAUCAAAGAGUAUCAUAUUAAAAACGAUUCUGAGUCCAGACACCUGUAAUGGACCACCAGUUAAUAUAAAUGAAUCUUUUAGCGGUAAUUUAAUGUUGAGGGUAAAAGAGUACUAUUCAGAUUGCAUCAACAUGAGUGGCUCAGUAAAUGAAUUUGAUGUAAUAAAUGAAGUGAAUGAUUACAUUAUUACAGAAUUAACAAGUAAUCAAUCUGUUAUGAAUAUGAAUGCUUCUGAUUUAUCUCAAAACUUGUCAACUUCAUCCCUUACCGGUACAUUUCCAGAAUUUCAUUACGAUGAACAGUUGAUGAAUUUGCUUACCGAAUGGAAAUUAGAUUUAGUAUACACAACUUGCAUAGAAAAACAAAUUGAUUUAGAGGCUUUACAGUUCAUGAAAGACCACCACUUUCCAAUUUUACUAUCAAACUUUCCGCUAGGAAUACAGAUAAAAUUUGAACAUCAUGUAAAACAAUAUCAGCAAUCGUGUACAAUAAAUAAGGAACCACCAACAUCGAACAAGUUACCUAUGAGUCAAAACAUAACUGGUAAAAUAUCCCAUACAACUGAUGACAUACUAUCAAAAAACACGGUAUUUCAAUUACACAGUAUCAUAAUAAGUAAUCUUAAUGGGUCCUUCAUUUUGGACUACUUUACAAAUAAUAAUGUUUUAAAUGAAAGUUGUCGAAAUAUGUUAGUCGAGAUUAUUAUUUGUGACAUAAUUAAAAAAGGCUCUGCAAUGACUGUUGGAUUGGCAAAUUCUAUAGCCAAUGCAAUUGUUGGAACUUUUCAUUCUGAAAUCAAGGAUAUAUAUUUUUUUAAAGAUGCCAUGAAUUCCCCAAAAGGUAAAUUAUACACAAAAUAUUUUAACACCAUUCGAUCAAUGAAGCAAAGUGGAUUAUUAAUAGCAACUACCAAAGAAAAGUCUUCACAACUUAAAUGUCGCACUAUGGAUAAAAACAAUCGUAUACUUGUCAUAAUUUACAUAGCUAGUGAACCUGAUUCUCAAAAUAUAUCUUCAUACUUAAAUGACAAAGAUUUAACUUGGCCCGAAAUUGAAGAUAUCUGGAAGAAAACCAUCAACUAUCGACUGAAUUUUAUAAAAGAUAAUAAUGCUGUUGAAAUAUUCAAGAUAUGGAGUCAUUAUACCAUGCCAAUGGGUUAUAAACUUGUUGAUAUUGAUUUCCAAAGUUUGUACACAGACAAGUCAAAUUUUAAUUUAAUUUUUGAAGAAUCAUCCAAUAAACUCGUAGAAAUAUUAAAAGAAAGAGUAAAAGAUGCUGCUAGCAGACAAACUUUGACAACAUUUAAUGAUACACUUGACAAUUUGUCGACAGAUUCAAAAGUAUUAGUUAUUAUGUAUUUGUUACAUUGUGUUUUUAUUCCAUCAUCAAAAAAAUCUACUCGUGAUGAAAAUGGGAAAAAAGGUUUUACUAAAUAUAGUAUACGAGAUUCACAAAAAUCAUUUGUGAUUGUGAAACCAACUACUGUGGACAUGGAAUCGACACUCCAGAAGAUGUCUGAAAGGGGCGCAAUUCAGCCAUGUGUGUUAGUUGUUGGUUCAUUAUUUGAUGCAAAACAAAUACUUGUGUAUUUCGACAACAUUAAGUACAAAAUGUUUUCAGCCAUUAAGGCCUUUGACAUAUGUUUUAAAAUCUUUCAUGUUUUUAACGUAGAAUACCCUAUAGAAUGCAGUGAUGUUUGGUUAUUUAUUCAAAUUUUUUAUUUUAAGAUUACUACUAAGUAUGACAAAUCUAAUGUUUUAAUCAAACAAGUUAUAAAUGAAUUGAAUUCUUAAUUGUAUAAAUACAAGAUGUAUAUUUAUAUAUUUGAUACAAAUACAUAUUAUAAUUAAUAAUAAAUUAAAAAUAAUUUAAUGUUUUGAUUUUGUGUUCAAAAUAUAUUAAUUUUAAGUAAAAUGAAUUAUAUAAAUACGAGGAGUAUAUUUAAAU